GAGUCAUAGCCAGAGAAGAGCAGAGAGCAGAGAGCAGCGGAGCAGCGGUCCCAUGGCUUGAAACCGGGGAAUAACUGUGGCUCACAGCGGAUUUAUUGCGCCACACGAGCCAAGAGGAACGAAGCGGUGUCGCAGGAGCGGAAUAUAUGUUGAUACGGAAGGGGAUAUAGCAUCUUUGAGUUGCCGUUCGGUCGCGGUUGCAGACCCGGACAGAGACAACACAGACAGAAAUAAGUACUAGAGCCGCCGCGACACCACCGAGCGAACUUGGCUUCUCUGCCGGGUGGGAGGUGUCUGUCUGUCGGCUACGGCUCGCUGCACAAACUGCUCCUCGCCACGCUGUUCGGACCUUUUUUUAGAAGGACACGGUUGUAACUAAGUUAUGUUUUUGUAAAUAUCUUCUUUUGGGGGGUUUUCGACAAUCAACUGUGGCUUUAAUGUGACGCACUACUGACAUUAUUGCUGUGUCGGAGCGGACCCCCCUGCAGAGGAGUUCCAGGCUUUAAAUCAAGUUUUCACCUUCAUAUUUAUCUGGUUCCCGGACAGACCUCACCAAUGGAAUAGUGACAAGGGCCGCAGCAGAUCAAGCUGGGCCAGGCUUGGCCAGGCUAGGCCUACCUAGUCUUCUGUCUGGCCUCCCCAGACGGGCCAGCGACCUUUACACUCCCAUCCUCAACGAGCUGUGGGGGCUUCAGCCUGUUCUGACAAACACUUCCCCAGACCUCCAGGUCAAGCUGUAACAGAUUGGAUUCCAACCAUAUUUUGUUUUAUCAGCCCUCGGGAGGCCAUAGUGGUCUGUUCUAUCUCCAGUUAUUCCAUGUCGUGGAUGUCCCUCUCUGGAUGUUGGCAACAGGAUGGAUUCGGGUGUUAAUUUGACGGUUGUCACCUCAUUGCAGUGCUUGCACCCCCCCUCCUUUGACUGGCUUUUGACUUUUCCCUCCCCAAUCUCAAAGCGAAAGCCCCUGCCUCUCUCUUGGGGCUUCCCCGAGCCCUGUACAGGAGGGCCUUGUUGGAACUGUAGGUUGUUUUGUUGAAACAGUUGACAUUGCAAAGAGGAAGCAGAUUUACCCAUCCCUUUUCGUCAUUUGAGGUUGGAGAGCUUUUCAUUUGACAAAAGAAGCUUGCUAGCAGAGAUUUGUGUUUGCAUUCACACGAGGUACACAUAGGUUUUAUUUAUACGUACAGAAUUCUUCUUUUUUGUGGUCUUAGCCUUGGGGAGGAAUGUCUGAAAGCAGUAGCAGCAGUAAAGCGGAGAAAUUCAUUGCCCCGGCCCCCCCCCCUCCAUCAGCCUCUCCCGCUCCAUCACCCCAGACCCCCAAUAAGAAUGUGAACGGCUCCGCCAGUUCAGACACGGACGUGGUGGAGAAGCUCAGUGUCCACCCUGAGGUCCAGCGGCGGCGCCACACCAUGGAUAGAGACUCUAAAAUAGCGGAGCACCGCUUCUUCCGCCGGAGUGUCAUCUGUGACUCCAAUGCCACAGCUUUGGACCUGCCAAGCAAAGCAACUGUGAUACUCACCUCACCCCCAGACUGCCAAGGGCCUCUCACCUUCUUGGGUCCCCAACCCCCUGGACAUGGGCUACGAGACACUGAAGGCGGGGAGCUUCCAAGAGGUGUGCAGAGCUCCAUCCUGCAGCCCGGCCUGGGGCUCGGUGGGGCAGUUGCGGAGGGUCACAUAGAGAAUGCUGAGGAAGAUUCAGGUGAAGGCGGUAUCACGAUUGCUGUUCCCACGAGGAGUAUUGAAGCAGAACGUAGUGCAGAAGGGGCCGUGAAAGAGCCCAGCCCGGCAGUAUUAGAUGUUACCGACAAAACAGCCGACAAACAACCUGACGUCACAUUGCGCCCCAGAGGAUGCGAGGACACACAGCAGGUAACAAAAGACGGAAAAGCGAUAGAACAUUUGGACGGGGGGAGCAUUAGCAGUCCAACACAGGAGAAAGACAAGGAGACGGAGGAGGAGAAAGAGCUGGCCAAAGCACGGGCAGAGCAGAGGGAGGCAGAGAAACGAGUGCAAGAGGAUAUAGAGGAAGUGGAGACAAAAGCUGUGGGGACUUCUCCAGACGGGCGCUUUUUAAAAUUUGACAUCGAGAUUGGAAGAGGAUCCUUUAAGACUGUGUACAAGGGUCUGGAUACAGAGACUACUGUGGAAGUGGCGUGGUGUGAGCUCCAGGAUCGCAAACUCUCUAAGUCGGAGCGCCAGCGUUUCAAAGAGGAGGCCGGGAUGUUGAAGGGUCUCCAGCAUCCUAACAUUGUCCGCUUCUAUGACUCCUGGGAGGGCCCAUGCAAAGGAAAGAAAUGUAUUGUUCUGGUCACAGAGCUGAUGACAUCUGGCACACUUAAAACCUACCUGAAGCGCUUCAAGGUGAUGAAGAUCAAGGUCCUGCGUUCUUGGUGCAGACAGAUUCUAAAAGGCCUUCACUUCCUGCACACCAGAGCCCCGCCCAUCAUUCACAGGGACCUGAAGUGCGACAACAUCUUUAUCACGGGGCCCACAGGCUCCGUGAAGAUAGGGGACCUGGGCUUAGCCACGCUAAAGAGGGCCUCCUUCGCCAAGAGUGUCAUAGGAACCCCAGAGUUUAUGGCUCCAGAGAUGUAUGAGGAAAAGUAUGAUGAGUCGGUUGAUGUCUAUGCCUUCGGGAUGUGUAUGCUGGAGAUGGCUACCUCAGAGUACCCCUACUCUGAGUGUCAGAACGCUGCCCAGAUCUACAGGCGGGUCACUAGUGGAGUAAAACCAGGCAGCUUUGACAAGGUAGCCAUUCCUGAGGUGAAGGAAAUUAUAGAGGGCUGCAUCAGAACAAACAAGGAUGAGAGGUAUGCUAUAAAGAUCUUGCUGAACCAUGCGUUCUUCCAGGAGGACACGGGGGUCAGGGUUGAACUGGCAGAAGAGGAUGAUGGGGAAAUGAUUGCCAUCAAACUCUGGCUCAGGAUAGAAGACGUAAAGAAGCUCAAAGGAAAAUACAAAGACAACGAAGCCAUCGAGUUCUCCUUUGACCUGAUCAAGGACGUCCCUGAAGAUGUCGCGCAGGAAAUGGUUGAGUCUGGCUACGUUGCUGAGGGGGACCAUAAGACCAUGGCCAAGGCCAUCAAGGACCGCGUGUCUCUGAUCCGCCGCAAGAGAGAGCAGAGGCAGCUGGUGCGAGAGGAGCAGGAGAAGAGAAGACUGGAGACUGAGCAACAACAACAACAGCUUCAUCAGCAGCAGCAGCAACAACUUCAGCAACAACAACAACAACAACAACAACAGCUUCAGCAGCAGCAGCAGCAGCAGCAGCAGCAGCAGCAGCAGCAGCAGCAGCAGGAGACACUCAAACUUUCCCACACACAGGUAGAAGCAGAGGAGACAGAAGUGGAGCAUCAGCAGCUUCACUAUCAGCAGACCGGCAUCUUGCACACAUCUGAAGGAGGUCUGGACAGCGGACAGGGCUCCUCCGUUUUCUCCUCUGACUCCCCCAACCUGGCUCAGCUGACCAUGUCGUACAGCUGCCCCACUUCCACCCACCCCCCUUCCCAGCCCCAAACCCCCUACCCCUCCACCCCCUCAGCCAACCCACAGCAGCACCCAGGCUACGGCCAGCCGCUGCAGCAAAUGCAGGGUCAGUCCCCAAUCCCACAAUCCACUGCAGGACCCCCCUCUCUGGUCCCCGCCAACACAAAGCAAGCUCCUCCUGGGACCCCCCAACAGGUUGUUUCAUCCAGUCACAGUAUCACGUCGGUUCAGAGCCCCUCACACACAUCUCUGCCGCACACAUCUUCACAGUCUUCAGAGCUGUCCCAGUCCCAACUACAGCCACCUCAAGUUCUCUCAUCUAUAGAGAGCGGCCACUCUGAGGCCUCAGGUCUGAGUGACGGAAACGAUGGAGGAGGAGGGGGUCGCCAUGAAGGGCGCUCCACCAAGCGACAUCAGAGGCGUUCUGUGCGAAGCCGAUCACGCAAUGAGAAGACCUCCAAGGCGAAACUCAAUGUCCUCAAUAUCUCCAACCGAGGAGACAGGGUAGCAGAGUGUCAGCUGGAGACACACAACAGGAAGAUGGUGACUUUCAGGUUUGACCUGGACGGAGACAACCCUGAGGAGAUUGCGCAGAUCAUGGUCCAGAGUGAGUUCAUCCUGGAGAGUGAGAGGGAGUCGUUCAUUGAGCAGGUCAGAGAGGUGAUAGAGAACGCAGAUGAGAAGGGUCUGGAGAGGGACACAAACAGCCAGAUGGCAGGUGAUAUGGCGCAGCAGAUUCCUGCUAUAUCUGUCCCCAUGCCAGACAUCUCUCCCAGUGCAACAGCACAAGUGGUCCAUUCAGCGGGUCGGCGGUUCAUCGUCAGUCCCGUACCUGAGGCCCGGCUGAAGGAGCAAAUGAUCCCCUCUUCCCCUUCUCCUGCCCGCCUACGCCCUGCAGAAAUAGUUCCUCCAGCUGCAGCUCAGACUCCGGCCCUCGGCGUGGGCUUGUCCCAGUCAGCUGGAGCAAUCAGCUUACAGCAGGCCUUCUCUGAGCUCAGACAGAACCGGGAUCAGUUUGACCCCGGACCCAGCACCGCCCCUGCCUCCAUCCACUCCAGCCACCCCCCUCUGCAACCUGCAGCAGCUACCACCCCCCCACUGGCCAGCUCAGUCCCUCCUACUGUGGACCCUACUGCUGCUCUCCUCUCUUCUAGUUUCAACCAGCCACAGGAGCAGGUGUUGGAAGCCUCCCUUUCUCCUCCUUCCUCCUUCUCCACCCCCUCCUCUAUGCCCACUGCCUCUCUCAGCCCUCCUUGUUCCUCCUCCUCUCCUCCUGCUGGGGUGAGCCAGUCAAUCCUUCAGUCCCAGGCUGUGUCCCAACCCCAGGUUCAAGCACAGAUUCAGCCGCAGGCUUUCACUCAGCCUCAGUCUCAUCCUGUCAUGGCUACAUCAGCACCCUCCACUUUACCACCUGCCAGCAUCUCCGGCCUCCCCCCACAAGUGCUCACCUCCCCUCCUCGCGCCCAGACUCCUGUAUCCUCCCCUCCUUCCUCUACUCUUCUAGCUAGUGAAGUCUCCUCAGAACAUCCAUCAGUGUCUCCCCCCUCCUCCUCUAUUGCUUCCCUCUCCUCCUCCGUCAUCCCUACCACUGCCAUCCCAGGGCCACAGCUCACUCCCCCCGCCGUCUCCCACACCAUCACCCCUCCCUCCUCUUCCUCCUCCACUGUGGGGCUCCAGCCAGUGACCACCAAUGUUCCUUCAGUCCAACCAACCCUGGUCCACUCCCAGCCGCAGACGGUAGCACUGGCCGGGCAGACGCACACACACUGCGGGGAAUGUGAUGCAAGGUGUGAGGCAUUCAACGAGUCCCAGGGCAAACCCGACGACAUCCAGGCUCUGGAGAUGAAGCUGCGCUCUCUCUUCAUGGACCUUGGUGGAGGGGUGUCAUCCCCCCAGGGAGACGUCUCAGCUGCUGACCCUGCCUCUGGAACCCACGCAGCUGGUACCUCGUCCCCAAUGGGCCCCUGCCCUACCUCCAGCUCAUCUGUCACCACACCUGUGUCCAGCCAGCCGGCCAACCCUCCUCAGCCCUCUUGCACCCUGCCGCUGGGCUCCCCCGCCCCCGCCCAGGGACCGGGAACACCCAUCUCCACCCCUGUACCUGUCGUUUCUACAGUGGUCCCUGCUUCCUCCUUUGGCCAGACCACUCCAUCCAAAACUCCUUUAUCCAGGGUAUCGGCCAGUUCUCCUCCUUCAGAACUCCUGCCAUCAUUCCCUGGACCUUGUCUAACACAGUCCCAACAGCCUCUGGAGGACCUUGAUGCUCAGUUGAGGAGAGCUCUGAGCCCAGAGACCGUUCCUGUCAGCACACACACACAGGCCUCUCACAGUGGCACACAUUCAGCGGGACAACCAAUUCCCUUCUUUCUGGAUGAAGCUGAGUCCACUUCUGGUCCUUCUGGUGGAAUUAAACUGGGAAGAUUUCAGGUGUCCUUGGCGACUGAAGCGCCUCCUGUCCAACGCCCGGCCUGCACCGAGUCUUCCUCCACCUCCUCCUCCUCUUCGUCUUCUUCCUCCUCUUCCUCCUCCAGUCUCUCAAGCCCGGAGAACACGCUGCACAAAAACUCCUCGACUCCUCUGAGAGGCAGGGGAAGGAAAGGAGGAGAUGUUGUGGACGGACUUCCUCAACGCUCUCAUGGGGGGUCCAAACAACCCUCCCCCAUCACCUCACCCUGCCCUUCUCCUAAACCCACCACCACCAUCGGACGCUUCCAGGUCACCAUCAACCCAGAGGCCCGUGUUGGUAGGUUCUCAGUCAGUCGUGCCCAGGAGCAGAACCUGGAGACCAGGCCGAUCCCCCCACCUGCCACCCCAGCUGCUAACGGACCCAGCCACUCUGCGCAGGUUCUGAGUCCAGACUCCACUCAUAAAGCAUCGCUGCCGAGUCUAAACAACAACUCCUUCAAUAGCUCGUACAUCAGCAGCGACAACGACUCCGAAUUUGAGGAUGAAGACUUCAAACUGGAAGUCAACCACCUCAGAGAAAAGCACAUGCGUGAGAUUCAGGCCUUACACUCCCGCCAGAAGGAGGAAAUAGACAGUCUCUUUACGAGGCUGGGAAAGGUUCCUCCGGCUGCAGUGCUCCCACCAAUUAUAGGCUUGACUGGAAGGAGAAGACGACCUACCAAAAGCAAAUCCUCCAAAUCGUCCAGAGCCAGCUCCACGCACAGCAGCAAGAGUCCAUUACAGCCAGGCAGCACUUUAUCCGCCCAGAGCGUCCCCACCAUGCACCCCGGCCAGCUGGCUCUGUUAGCCCCUGGAGGAUUAGCCGAUUCGGGCAGCAGUACUCUGCUCCAGCCUCUCAAACCCUCUCCCUCCAGCAACAACGUGUGCUCGGCCUGCACCAGCGACACAGCGCUCUCUGUGCCCAGCCUGUGUGCUCCAACCCCAGGGACUAACAGCACCAACGCAAUGAGUGGUUCAGGUGGUCUGGGUCAGAGCCAGGGGGGCUCUCAGUCUCUGCCCCCCAGUAUGUCUGUCCCCAACCAGAGGAAAGGAACCUUCACCGAUGACCUCCAUAAACUGGUGGACAACUGGGCCCGAGACGCCAUGAACCUCUCACAGGGGAAGAGGAGUGCCAAACAGCUGCCGCAGGCCCCAGCACAGGGACACAGCUACGAGGUUAUCCAGUCAGCCAGUCUGGGCAGGAAGUUCUCCGCUCCCGGUCAGCUGUGUCCCAGCAGCAUUGGGGGGUCAGCCCACCUCCCCACAAACUCCACCACUGCUACCUCUCUGGGCGCCCGCAAGGGCUCCCUGUGCCACCCCCCCGCCUCUUCCGCUGCCCCUCAACCCCAACCUCCCCAGUUCAUCCAUUACACCCCCACCUCCGCCUAUAGCGCGCAAUGGUCCGGUCCGGCUCACGGCGCGUCGGCCCUGCACCAGGCCCCGGGGCAACCUGGGCCUCUACUGGUCAGCACCUCCCAGCCCCUAGGCCCCUACCCCGCCACGCUUAGUGGACAGGAUCAGAUUCCCGGGCAGGGGCCGCUCCAGGCUUUUCAUCUGACCAAUUCUCUCAAGAAGUCGGUUAGCAACCCAGGAGGGCCAAACCUGAGGACCACGUAGGGCCGGGGAGGGGGGCUGGUUUGAAUCAUGGCCGGACUGGAUUGUUGUGAGUGUUACAGGCUGGAGGGGGGGGAGAAAAAAGUUUGAAAUGACAGAAGCUGACCUGUUCACUGAGAAGCGGGAGAAAAGGAAAUGAAGAGGAGUGAAGACAUCAGGAAUGUGCUGAGUCAGCAUCUCCACACUGUGCAUCUCGCAUCUGCAUCCAUCCCCGUGUGUGUGUGUGAGAAGCUGUACACACACACUCUCCCGUUCUGCUGUGUUUUACAGUCAGGCUGGUGACUGCCAGCCAAAUGCUCAAGCAUAAAGACAACACUGAGUGCAAUGUUAAAGGCCAAAGAGGUUUCAACAGGGUGCGGGAAUGCUGUUAAACAACUGUGUGUGUGAGGUAAUGUGUGUGUGCACUUAUAGCUCGGUCACACUUUUUCCAUUACAUGCUCUAAAUGGAGAGAACAAGUCUUUACAAGGCAGGUCACACAAUUAGCCUGGUGAGACAGCAGAGGGGGGGAUGCAGUGUGUUCAAACAGCACCUUUAAUGGCUCCUAAUGCUGCAGUUUGGCUCUCACACUGAGUAUUGAAAUAAAUCUCAAGCUCUCAAAGAAGACAGAAACAUGCAGCUAUCCAAAUGGAAUUUUAAAAAAGAGGCAUGGUGGCUGUCUUUGGUAGUAUGUAGAGGCUACAACACUUAAAUCAGGCCGUUUGUGUCCCUUAAAUGUAGGCUGGCUAGCUUUGAUAUUGGAGAGAGUGGAGCAGAGAGAACAGAACCUUUAAUUCAGGAAGGGUUUCUUCUUCAAUAUUCAGAAUUCGGAAGUUUUCCUCAAUUCAAAGCACAUACAUGUAGAGAAUAAAUUAAAUGCACACUGAGAGCUUCUGGAGCUGACGUCCAGCCUGGUUUAGAGAAGGUACCGUACAGCCCUGGGUGGGGUUUGACUUGUCAGCUUGAGGGAAAAAAAGAAACCGUACUCCUCUGUUACCUUCAGUGUCUUGUUCCUCCCUGGUUCUGACCAACUACUCGAACAGACGGAGGAAAGGGAGUGGAAGAAGAGGGAGAGAGCGAGAGUGUUUGUAUCAUCGUGUCCUGUUGUGUCACCAUUAACAAAUUAAUGAAUGGACAGGACACCAAGCGCCUCUCCACCAUCACACCUCCUCCUCCUCCUCUUCCUCUAUUUCUCUCUCCACCUCUCUGUUGCCAUUUGACGCAAUAACAGCAGAAACCUUUUAGAGAUUAAAAGAAAAAGCCCAAGUGAGAGAACUCAGCGUGACUAAGUGGCCUUGUUAUCAGAAUAAUAUCAGAGUCCCUGUACAGUUUGUCUCUGUUUAUUUUUUAGAAUGUCAGCCAUGAUGAUUCCAUUUUGUUGUUUUAUUGUUUUUGUUUUGUUGGGUUUGUUCUGCCCCCAGCUAGCAAUGACACACACACACACACACACACACACACACACACACACA